UCCUUACUUUACUUUAACACUAGUGUGCCUAUAAAUAUGUCCUUUUUACUAAAACUAAUAUUCACCCUUUAUGUGGAAUUGAAAGGACAUUAGAGGUAUAAAAUAACAGUUUACAUAACGGGUGCUGUUAUUUAUUCUCCUGGAGGAAUCCUCGUCUGAGCUAGCAAGAAGCUGCCGAUAGCUGUGGAUGCUAACAGGCUAGGCUAACUUCAUCACGUUCUGAGGGGCGUGCCGAGUCGAGCCAGGCCGAGCUGAGUAAGCUGAACUGUCUGGCCUUUCAACGAUCUUUUUGUUAACAAGUGCCCUGGACAGAUUCAACACCCACACCACUGUUUAUUUCCUGGUUCCAGCAUCCUGUCGAGAUGGACAAUCUCAGUGACGCCCUGGAGAAGCUGAAACUUGCAUCGACGGACAGCACAACAGACAGCGUGGAGAGCUGCCUGGACUGCCUGCUGAAAGCGCUCGUCAACAAUAACACCGAGGCUAGCGCAAAGAUUCAGGAAAUGGGCGUCCUUCCAAUGCUGCCCACUAUGCUAACCCCGCAGUCAACUUGCACCCCAAAAGUUGCUAACAUAAUUGCAGAGAUGGCAAAAAACGAGUUCAUGCGCAGUGCCUGCGUUGAAGCUGGCCUCAUCCCGCCUCUCAUUCAGCUGCUAAACUCAACCGAUCAAGAAGUUCUACUGCAGACAGGACGAGCUCUAGGCAACAUCUGUUACGAUAGUCAUGAGGGCAGGAUCGCGGUUGACCUGGCAGGAGGGGCUCAAAUAGUAGCUGAACACAUUAAAACCCUCUCCCAAAAUACCGAAGUGGCAAACGAGAAGCUCUUGACAGUCUUUUGUGGCAUGCUGACGAACUAUAGCAAUGAUAACGAUUCCUUACAAGGUCAGCUAAUCAGCAUGGGUGUCAUUCCCACUCUGGUCAAGCUCCUGGGCGUCCAUUCUCACAACACUGCUCUGACCGAAAUGUGUCUCAUCGCCUUUGGGAACUUAGCUGAGCUAGAGUCAAGCAAAGAGCAGUUUGCAUCCACCAACAUUGCAGAAGAGCUGGUUUGUCUUUUUCAGAAGCAAACAGAGCACGAGAAGAAAGAAAUGAUUUUUGAGGUUUUGGCUCCGCUAGCAGAAAAUGACGUGAUCAAGUUGCAGCUAGUGGAGGCGGGCUUGGUAGAGUGUCUCCUAGAGGUGGUGGCCCAAACGAUAGAUGGAGAACGAGAGGAAGAGGUGGCCCAGUUGAAGACUGCCUCUGACCUAAUGGUGCUCUUGCUGCUCGGAGAUGAGUCCAUGCAAAAGCUGUUUGAGGGCGGAAAGGGGAGCGUCUUUCAGAGAGUUCUCUCCUGGAUACCGUCUCAUAACCACCAGCUACAACUAGCUGGGGCUCUUGCUAUUGCUAAUUUUGCCCGCAACGAUGGUAACUGUAUCCACAUGGUGGACACCGGUAUCGUACAGAAGCUACUGGAACUGCUUGACCGCCACGUUGUGGAAGGCAACGUCACCGUGCAACACGCAGCUCUUAGCGCACUACGAAAUCUAGCCAUACCUGUGGUGAACAAAUCCAAGAUGCUCUCUUCUGGAGUGGCCGACGUGGUGUUGAAGUUCUUGCAGUCCGAGAUGCCGCCAGUCCAGUUUAAACUCUUGGGGACUUUAAGAAUGCUUAUUGAUACACAAGUGGAAGCAGCGGACCAGCUCGGCACCAACGCGAAGCUGGUGGAGCGUCUGGUGGAGUGGUGCGAAGCUAAAGAUCACGCCGGGGUGAUGGGAGAGUCCAAUCGACUUCUUUCUGCUCUGAUUCGACAUAGCAAGUCCAAGGAGGUGGUCAAGAUGGUCAUCCAGGGAGAUGGAGUCAAGCACUUGGUAACCAUGGCGACCAGCGAGCACAUCAUUAUGCAGAACGAAGCACUGGUGGCGCUGGGCCUUAUCGCUGCACUUGAUUUGGUUGCAGCUGAGAAGCACUUUGUGGCUGCCGACCUCGUCGCGGUUCUUCACAAGCUUUUGUCUGAUGAAAGGAGUGCACCCGAAAUUAAAUAUAACUCCAUGAUCCUCAUUUGUGCAGUCAUGGGAUCUGAGCCUCUCCACAAAGAAGUUCAGACCCGUGCGUUCAUCAAUGUGGUCUCAAAGCUCCGUUCGCACGAAAACAAGACGGUGUCGCAUCAGGCUUCACUCACUGAGCAACGGCUAACCGCCCAGAGCUAGAAUGCUUACCCAGCUCCAGUCCUAUUAAUGCCUGCACCUACUUUACCUUGUAACCCCCUCCUCCCCUCCCACCCCUUCUAUCGUCGUCAUGUGCCAAGGUACAAUGUUGCAUUAUCAACCAAACAGUCCGACACAUUUAUAUAUAAUGUAGAGCAUACUGAAAAAAUACAUUAGAAGCUGUAGGAACAUCCCUACACUAAAAGCCAUAAUAAUGAGGUUUAUUUAUUUGGGUGAUGCGUUCAAAGGUCCUUCAUAAUAAGACUGUCACUCUUUACUUGUGCAUGCAACGCAAUAUAGAUGACCAUAGCUGUGACGCCAUUCUGCCCAACGCCAUGAAUGACGCGGCUCAAUGUGUCUCCAUAUUAAAUAUACAACUGCAUGUUCUUUUUUUUCCUGUCUUUUGAAACCCAAUACUUUUUCCAGUGUUCCAAAACAACUUAUGUUGGGUCUACAGAUUUAGGGCAAGGAAGUGCUAAUGCCAAACACAAGUUGAUUAGUCCUGUCUAGUUAACAUAUUCCCCCAUAUAGUGGCCACAAUAGAGAGUAGCUGGUGACUGUUUUAUUUUUUUAAUAUUAACAACCUAAUAUUAACUUUUUUUUUUAAUCACCCACAUUAAUUAAUUUGAUUAAAAUCAAUUUAUAAACAUUUUAUCAAAUAAACUCCAAUAAAAAUAGAUAUAAUAGUGUCUGAACUAAAGGAUGUAUCUCAACAUCUUUCCAAUAUCGUCCAAAUAAAUGUGAUUUAAUUAAAUAUACAAAUAUAUUGUCACAAAUAAAAAGUAGGCUUCACCAUAGUUUUUUAUAAUUAUUUUUUUUUCCCAAAUAAGUGUUAUUGAAUUAAAUAUAAUGAAUCCAAACAUACUGUACAUACAUUUAUAAAUGUUUUCCCAAAUCAAUUAUAUUAUUACUAAUUUUUCUGAUUUUUUCAAAUUAAUAAAGUAUAUUCAUAUAAAACAGCAUAAGGAAACGCAUACAAGCAUGUUUAACAUAUAAACCAACAACGGCGUGGCGCAGUGGAAAAGUGGCCGUGCGCAACCCGAGGGUCCCUGGUUCAAAUCCCACCUAGUACCAACCUCGUCACGUCCGUUGUGUCCUGAGCAAGACACUUCACCCUUGCUCCUGAUGGGUGUUGGUUGGCGCCUUGCAUGGCAGCUCCCUCCAUCAGUGUGUGAAUGUGUGUGUGAAUGGGUAAAUGUGGAAGUAGUGUCAAAGCGCUUUGAGUACCUUGAAGGUAGAAAAGCGCUAUAC